UUGUUUUUGUGAUUUGUGUUUGUGUUUUCCAAAAACAUUUUUAAAAGCAAGUCAAAGCAACAUCCGCUUGAGAACGGAAAUUAUUCUUAAACCACAAAGUAUAAGUAUAAAUAAAAUAAAAAAAAAACCAAAACAAAAAAAAAACAGCAAGAAAAUUAAAAAUUAAUAAUAGCUAAGGUUUGCAGGCAUUUGUAAACAAGGACAAAAUACAUACAAAACAACAACAACAACAACAACAACAAAAAUGGAAACAAUAAAAAUAUUUCGCCUGCUGCGUACGAAUAAACGCGCGCAGCAAAGGCAACAAAAUCGUUUACUGCUCAUAAUGGUUUGCUUGCUAUUUGCCUGUUACAGUUUCCAAAGUACCGCUGCCUGCCCCACUGACUACUGCACCUGUAAGUGGAGAGGAGGCAAGCAAACAGUCGAAUGCGGCAAUCGACUCUUGCCCGUUAUACCGGAGAACAUGGAUCCAGGCACACAAGUGCUCAACUUUUCCGGCAACAGCCUGCAGGUGUUGCAAAGUGAGCGGUUUCUGCGUUUGGACCUAUUAAAUUUACAAAAAAUAUACUUGGCACACAACCAACUCAUACGCAUACAUGAGAACACCUUCCGGGGCCUAUCGAACCUGGUUGAAUUGGACUUAUCUGAGAAUUUACUGCAACACGUGCCAAGCGAAACGUUUCAGGACUACAGUUCGCUGAUGCGCCUUUCGCUCAGCGGUAAUCCUAUACGUGAAGUGAAAGCUUCAGCUUUUCGUUACUUAUCCUUUUUGACAACACUUGAGCUGAGUAAUUGUCAGAUCGAACGCGUCGAGAAUGAGGCGUUCGUAGGUAUGGAUAACCUGGAAUGGUUGCGUUUAGACGGUAAUCGCAUUAGUUUUAUACAAGGUACACACAUACUACCGAAGUCAUUACAUGGCAUUAGUUUGCAAAGCAAUCGCUGGUCAUGUGAUUGCCGACUAUUGGACUUGCAUGAGUGGUUAAACAGUAACAAAAUUCCACAAACCGAGGAGCCCAAAUGUGUGGAUCCACCACGCCUUAAAGGUCAAGUAAUUAAAACGUUAAAACGAGAUGAGUUGGCGUGCUUGCCCGAGGUUAAUCUCACUUCGACACACACUGAAAUAUCUGAGGGUCGGAACGUGUCCAUCGUGUGUAUUGUACGUGCCAUACCCGAACCAAAAAUUUUAUGGCUAUUCAAUGGUCAGGUCAUGACAAACGACAGUUUCGGCGACAAUCUGCGCAUGAGUUACUACAUUGACGAAACCGGCAAUGCUGAAGAGAAGCGCAGCGAAAUAUUCAUUUACAAUGUAAGCGCUGGGGAUAAUGGCACAUUUUCGUGCGUUGGACAAAAUGUUGCUGGGACCAUAUUUAGCAACUAUUCACUACGUGUCAUCAUUAAGGAACCACCCGUAGUCAACGAGGUGUCCUUCCCACGUGACUACAUGAAUUAUAUUAUUGCCAGCAGCACAGGUGCUGGUGUCAUAUUUGUAGUGUUACUGUGCACAAUUGUGGUCAAAUGCAAGCAGCGUCAACCAAAAAAGCGUAAGAAGUGCCGCAGCAGUAGCGCAGCUGCAAGUGUGCCCGGUAAUACUAGUUCCACUGAUGGCAGCACAAACGAUACUGGCCUAAUGAAAUGUUCAUCGAUUUUAAAUGAUGCCGAUAGCCUAAAUGGCAGCUCAGGCAUGCUUAUGGCCGAAGGCAUGACACCCACUAAAAUGUGCAAGGAAAAUGGUGUCAUCAUUGGUGGACAAAUGAAACAGAACUUGUUGUUGUACGCACCAGCACACUACCAACAACAGCAACAGCAACAAUCGCUGGAUGCUUGUAGCGCCAGCGCUGCACAGGCCCUACAGCUCAAUGUCAGCUUAGCCAAUGCGCACGCUGCAAGUGGUACGCCACCACCACUAAUGAUUGGCACUGCACUAGGUACUACUAUUGCAUACUGUUCUCCACCCUCUUCGGUGCGUAACUAUCAAGAAAAAAAUCCAGAUUUAGUUAACGAUGCGGAAAGUGUUAAGCAAAAAUUGAAAUCGGCCACAUCACUAGAUACUGACUACGAUGCAGCCAGUGACUGUUCAGGCCCAUGCAGUAUACAAGGACUGAACGUACCAGUGCAGUACGAGAAUUGCUAUCAAUUAACACCACAGUUUGGCUCUCAAAUCAUACGGCCCAACAUGAAUACUAAUGUUACAGCAGCAUCACGCUUUGCCGCCAUGACGACUCUACCACGUGGCAUGCAAUUAAAAACAGUCAUGAACAAUUUAAGCACAGUACCACAACACCAGGUGGAUGUGCACUUAAAUCCAGUAUGCUUUUUGGGACAAGAUGGUUUCGCUUACGAUUACAGCAACGCGCAUUUACAGCAGCAACCACAGUCACAUCAUCAUUUACACUUGCAGCCUCAGCAUUCUUUGGGUGCUACACCACCAUCUCAAGCAACCGCCCAGCAAGCACAGCAAAAUUUUUAUCGCACCUUGCCACAUAAUCGUGCACACAAGCAACAGCAAUUUGCCGCUUCAGCUGCAAAUUCUGGAAUGCGUUACAGUCUUGAAGCUGAACUUUUACAACGUUCCGGAACGCCCACAUAUGACAAAUAUAUGCCAAAUGUACGCUUCACAGCCGAAGGUUAUCCACAGCCACAACCAGAACAGCUCGUACAAUAUCCCUCACCACCGGAAGGCUACAAAAGUACAAAUAGUCCAAAAAUUGGCGGUAAUGCCGACAGCAGUAUGGGUGGUGCAUCCACAAUAUCCGCAGUAGCAUUCCAACAAUGGCCACCAUGCUUACCCGGCUAUCAUGCACAGCCGAUACGUUAUCCACCCACAAUUGUUGGUGUUCUCAGUGCACAACCAACAUCAACUCCAGCAAUUGGAGCAACACAACAGCAACAACAACAACAAUUGCAACAAAAGUCGAACACAACAGUGGCACUUGCAGUAACCAGUCAAACACAAACACAACCAUGUGUCAGCAACAGUAGUGGAUCAUCGAUAACCGGCAGCACCACAGGUACUCCAGGCACAAUUAUGGACAUGAAAAAACGUUGUGUUUCCUCACAAGCCGAUGCAUCCACAAUACCAGAAUGUGACGAGAAUGACGUUUCACCCACCACAUCCAAUGCAGGUCUGACCGAUGCUGCAGCAGCAGCAGCAAAAACUUCAACAACAACAACAACAACUACAACAACAGCAGCAGCGGCAGCUUUGGUUGGUACUGACUCUGCAGCGUUGACUGAGGAAAAAUCCAAAUUAAGACAUCUUAACGGUCCACUUGCUGAUAGUCCUGACGAGGGUUACGUUGGCGAUUCGCAUGAAGGCGCCGACAUAUGACAACGGGAUGCUAAUUGCACAUAUGCAAGUGCGAAGGCUCUAGAUGAUUCUGUAGCACUGUAAGCAAGCCACUUGACAUAAUUGCUUUAAUUUUAUUU